UGCACCUGGCCAUCUGCUCGGGUUUGCUCGUGUGCAGUCAGAGUCAGUUAGCUAACCGGGUUAUUUGGGCUUAUUUAGUUUUUAGGUUUAUUUUAGGUGGGAGUUUAUUCCACUUCAUAUUGCUUGUUUUUUGCUCUUGGUGUUAAUUUAAAUUUAGCAAUAACCCAGAGGCAACAGUUAAUUUUUUUUGACAGAAGGUUAUAAAAGCUCAAUAUUGAAGUGAGGGGAAAAAUCUGAACUGACACGAACAGAGCUCGUUUUGUUAAGUCCGGACACAGCAGAUACGAUGAGUGUGAGCGUUAAAGAAGAGGCACGCAGUGUGUCUCCCCUUUGUCCCAAACACAAUGAAUGUGAGGAGCCAGAAGGAGCUGCAAUGGAGGUUUUUACUGCAGGUCAACUUGAAGAGGUGGUCAUAACCAAGGAAAUGGCAGAAAUGGAAAAGAAUUUAAAGGAAGAAGGAGAGAGAAAGGAGAGAGAGAUGAUGGAGAAGGCGAGACAGUCGUGCGUAAAAGACACUCAAGAAAUGCGCUUCAAGAGGCUGCAACACCUUUUGGAGAAAAGCAACAUCUACUCCAAGUUUCUGCUCACUAAAAUGGAGCAGCAGCAACAGGAGGAGAAAAUAAGGAAAGAGAGACUGGAAAAGAAAGCAGCAGCACAGAAGGCCAGUGGCAAGAAAACAGAAAAAGUUGAGCGGAAGAAGAGAGAGAGGGAGGAAGAUUAUAAAAUUGCUGAUGUUAUAUCCAAAGAGGAAAUUUUGUCAAAAGCGAAGAAAAGAAGAGUGGAAGAGGAGACUCAAAGCCAGAAGAAACUCGAGGCAGAGGAUAUAGAAAAACUGACCGACUCAAACGCGGAUAUAAAAGGCCGACUGUCUGAGGUGGUGCGGGAAAAUGCCAAGGAGAUGCUAGACCCAGAAAGGAAAGUGGACGGGCAGCCUGUGCCUGUACAGCAACCUCAACUUUUCACUGGUGGUGUGAUGAGGUGGUACCAGGUGGAGGGCAUUGAAUGGCUCAGGAUGCUGUGGGAAAAUGGAAUAAAUGGUAUUCUGGCUGAUGAGAUGGGACUGGGAAAGACCAUACAAUGCAUUGCUCAUAUUGCGAUGAUGAUUGAGAAGAAAGUCCUGGGACCAUUUUUGGUUGUAGCUCCUCUGUCCACUCUGCCCAACUGGAUUAAUGAGUUUAAGCGCUUCACUCCAGAGGUGUCUAUAAUGCUUUACCAUGGCCAAGCGAAAGAGCGAAUGAACCUUGUCAAGAAAAUCCGCAAGCCUCAGGGUUCUUUGCAUAUGUGUCCAGUGGUUGUGACUUCGUUUGAGAUAGCCAUGAUUGACAGAAAGUAUCUUCAGCGUUUCCACUGGAAGUACCUGAUUGUGGAUGAGGGUCACAGGAUAAAGAACUUGAACUGUCGUUUAGUGCAAGAGCUAAAAAUGCUUCCGACUGACAACAAACUCCUGCUGACAGGAACCCCUUUGCAGAAUAAUCUUUCUGAGCUGUGGUCUCUGCUUAACUUUCUUCUCCCUGACGUUUUUGAUGACUUAAAAAGUUUUGAGUCAUGGUUUGACAUCAGCACCAUCACGUCAGAUGUUGAGAACCUUGUAACUAAUGAACGAGAACAGAACAUCCUGAAUAUGCUUCACCAGAUUCUCACACCGUUUUUACUGAGACGAUUGAAGUCAGAUGUGACCUUAGAUGUUCCACCAAAGAAAGAGAUAGUGGUAUAUGCUCCAAUGACAGCCAAGCAGGAUACCUUUUACAGAGCUAUCGUUGACAAAACCAUUGCUAAUAUGCUGGGUCAGGAAAAGGGGAACACUGCAGCAGUAAAGAUGUCCUCUACUGGGCGUCCUAAACGCAAGGCUCGGAAAGUGGUGGAUUAUUCCGAAAGCAAUGACUCUCCACAUGACCUCGAAAAAUACAUCGAAAAAAUUCAAAAGGAGAUGGAAAGUCAGCAGGAGUCUGUUCCACUGGUAGACAUUCAGGUGCCUACUGAUGCACAGAUCAACCUGAAGCUACAAAACAUACUGAUGCUCUUGAAGAGAUGCUGCAAUCAUCCUUAUCUUAUUGAAUAUCCACUCGUCCCUGGAACCGAGGAGUUUAAAAUUGAUGAGCAGCUGGUGGAGACAUCAGGCAAGUUCUUGAUCCUUGACCGAAUGCUUCCUGAACUGAAAAAAAGAGGACAUAAGGUCCUAAUUUUCAGCCAGAUGACAUCUAUUUUGGACAUCCUGAUGGACUACUGUUACCUCAGGGGAUUUGAGUACAGUCGAUUAGAUGGGAGCAUGAAAUACACUGAUCGAGAAGAUAACAUGAGGAAGUUCACGUCAGAUCCAGAGGUCUUCCUUUUCCUCCUGAGCACACGCGCUGGUGGUCUUGGGAUUAACCUUACAGCUGCAGAUACAGUCAUCAUAUUUGACAGUGACUGGAACCCACAGGCAGACUUGCAGGCUCAGGAUCGGUGUCACCGUAUUGGACAGACCAAGCCUGUGGUGGUGUACCGUCUUAUCACAUUAAACACCAUUGAUGAGAAGAUCCUUGAAAGGGCAUCUGCUAAGAGGACACUAGAGAAGAUGGUGAUUCAUAAAAAGAAGUUUAAAGGGGGGAAAGCUGAUCUAAAUCAGUCCAAAAGCUGUAUGGAUAUAAAUGAACUGAUGGACUUGCUGAAGUCCAAAGAUUAUGAAAGGGCAGUGAAAAGCACUAAAGGCAAGGUCAUCAGUGACAAAGAUCUAGAGAUUUUGCUCGACCGCAGUGACAUGUUGGCUGGAACCAAAAAGAGUGUUAAAAAAGAAAAGGACGGAGUGUUCAGGGUGGUUGAGGCAAAGGAAGAGGACGCAGAGAUUUGUCUGUCAUAAAUGGCCAAUGAUCUACAAAGCACAUAUGCUAAAAAGUUGAUGGCACUAUUGAAGCAAACUGUGGUUUCAAUCUGCUGUUUAUUCAAGUUGUAUAGUUUGUUACUAAAGUUAUUACUGCCACCCAUCAUUUCUGUAAAUCCAUUGUUGUCAUAUUGAUUUUGAACAAUUAACUGCGAUUGCAGAAGAUCAGGGUUUUUUUCCCAGAUUUAGAGUAAAUACUGCUACCAUGAUGCUCAUUUUUAUAGAAUGCUGUGUAAUUGCUGCAAAUUUGUAAAAUUUUAAUAGAAAGUUUCACUUGAUGCACCUUAAAUCUGUCGGGGUUGUUGCCAUUUUCUACUUAAGUCAGUUCUUAAACAUUUUGUAUCCGUUUGCAUUUCAAUGUUUUCAUAGGAGUGUUGUUAACUCAAAAGCACUUUGAACAUCUUUCAAGUACUGUGUAUUAUGGACUAGGAUGUUUUGCAUUGAGUUUUCAUUUUUGGAAAAUUUAAUAAAUAUAGUUUUGUAC